CCGAGUACAUGAACCAGCUGCCGAACCACAAGGUGCCGCGUCUCGACUCGCCCGGCGAGAAAUACCGCGAGAAGCAGCUGAUGGUACAGCUGCCACGGCAGGACCUCUCCGAAGCUUACUGCAGGUAUCUGGAGGCGGGUUCGCGGCGGGCGUUCAUAGACUUUGUGAUGGUUCGCAAUGAGAUGGCAUUGGACAUCGCUUAUGUGAAAGACACCCUACCCACCGAUAUGGACUGCCGUAAGUGCCAGGGGGCGCUGCAGGCGGGCGACCUCGCUGUCUUCGCGCCAAAGUUCGGCGAGCAGGUGGCGUGGCAUCCGGCGUGCUUCGUGUGCCACCGCUGCGACGAGCUGCUCGUCGACCUCACCUACUGCGUCAAGGACGGCAACCUGUUCUGCGAGCGCCACUACGCGGAGACGAUCAAGCCGCGCUGCGCCGCCUGCGACGAGGGAUGUGACGCCGUCUACAUGUACGGCAUACGGAUGACAGACGCUGAUACAGAUGCGACGUAA